GUCCCGCGUCUCGCCCCGUCCGUCCGUCCCUUGACUCCUUCGCUCUUGUUCUUCCUCCCGCUUUUCUUCUCUUUCUCCCUCCCUCUCCUCUCCUCUUCGAUCUAAAGAUGCCUUCGGCCACCAGCCACAGCGGAAGCGGCAGCAAAUCGUCGGGACCACCACCGCCGGCGUCGGGUUCCUCCGGGAACGAGGCGGGGGCCGGGGCCGCUGCGCCAGCUUCUCAACACCCCGCCACCGGGACCGGCGCCGUCCAGACCGAGGCCAUGAAGCAGAUUCUGGGGGUGAUCGACAAGAAACUUCGAAACCUGGAGAAGAAAAAGGGUAAGCUUGAUGAUUACCAGGAACGAAUGAACAAAGGGGAAAGGCUCAAUCAAGAUCAGCUGGAUGCUGUAUCUAAAUACCAGGAAGUUACAAAUAAUUUGGAGUUUGCAAAAGAAUUACAGAGGAGUUUCAUGGCAUUAAGUCAAGAUAUUCAGAAAACAAUAAAGAAGACAGCUCGUCGGGAACAGCUUAUGAGAGAAGAAGCUGAACAGAAACGUUUAAAAACUGUACUUGAGCUACAAUAUGUUUUGGACAAACUGGGAGAUGAGGAAGUGAGAACUGACCUGAAGCAAGGUUUAAAUGGAGUGCCAAUAUUGUCUGAAGAAGAAUUGUCAUUGUUGGAUGAAUUCUACAAGCUAGUGGACCCUGAAAGGGACAUGAGUUUAAGGUUGAAUGAACAGUAUGAACAUGCCUCCAUUCACCUGUGGGACUUGUUAGAAGGGAAGGAAAAAUCUGUAUGUGGAACAACCUAUAAAGCUUUAAAGGAAAUUGUUGAGCGUGUUUUUCAGUCAAACUACUUUGAUAGCACUCACAAUCAUCAGAAUGGGCUAUGUGAAGAAGAAGAAGCAGCUUCUGCACCUACAGGGGAAGACCAGGUAGCUGAAGCUGAACCUGAACCAGCAGAAGAAUACACUGAGCAAAGUGAAGUUGAAUCAACAGAGUAUGUAAAUAGACAAUUUAUGGCAGAAGCACAGUUCAGCAGUGGUGAAAAAGAGCAAGUAGAUGAAUGGACAGUUGAAACUGUUGAGGUGGUAAAUUCACUCCAGCAACAACCACAGGCUGCAUCUCCUUCAGUGCCUGAGCCCCACUCUUUGACUCAGGUGGCUCAGGCAGAUCCCCUUGUGAGAAGACAGCGAGUACAAGAUCUUAUGGCACAAAUGCAAGGUCCUUAUAAUUUCAUACAGGACUCAAUGCUGGAUUUUGAAAACCAGACACUUGAUCCUGCCAUUGUAUCUGCACAACCUAUGAAUCCAACCCAAAAUAUGGACAUGCCUCAGCUGGUUUGCCCCCCAGUUCAUUCUGAAUCUAGACUUGCUCAACCUAAUCAAGUGUCAGUACAACCAGAAGCUACACAGGUUCCUUUGGUUUCAUCCACAAGUGAGGGUUAUACUGCUUCCCAACCCUUAUACCAACCUUCUCAUGCUACAGAGCAACGCCCACAAAAGGAACCAAUUGAUCAGAUUCAGGCAACAAUCUCUUUAAAUACAGACCAGACUACAGCAGCAUCAUCCCUUCCUGCCGCUUCUCAGCCUCAAGUAUUCCAAGCUGGGACAAGUAAACCUUUGCAUAGCAGUGGAAUCAAUGUAAAUGCAGCUCCAUUCCAAUCCAUGCAAACGGUGUUCAAUAUGAAUGCCCCUGUUCCUCCUGUUAAUGAACCUGAAACUUUAAAACAGCAAAAUCAGUACCAGGCCAGUUAUAACCAGAGCUUUUCCAGUCAGCCACAUCAGGUGGAACAAACAGAGCUCCAGCAAGAACAGCUUCAAACGGUUGUUGGCACUUACCAUGGUUCCCAGGACCAGUCCCAUCAAGUGACUGGCAACCACCAGCAGCCUCCUCAGCAGAACACUGGAUUUCCUCGGAGCAAUCAGCCUUAUUACAAUAGUCGCGGUGUGUCUCGUGGAGGUUCUCGUGGUGCUAGAGGCUUGAUGAAUGGAUACCGGGGACCUGCCAAUGGGUUCAGAGGAGGAUAUGAUGGUUACCGUCCUUCAUUUUCUAACACUCCAAACAGUGGUUACACACAGUCUCAGUUCAGUGCUCCCCGAGACUACUCUGGCUACCAGCGGGAUGGAUAUCAGCAGAAUUUCAAGCGAGGCUCUGGGCAGAGUGGACCACGGGGAGCCCCACGAGGUCGUGGAGGGCCCCCAAGACCCAACAGAGGGAUGCCGCAAAUGAACACUCAGCAAGUGAAUUAAUCUGAUUCACAGGAUUAUGUUUAAUCGCCAAAAACACACUGGCCAGUGUACCAUAACAUGUUACCAGAAGAGUUAUUAUCUAUUUGUUCUCCCUUUCAGGAAACUUAUUGUAAAGGGACUGUUUUCAUCCCAUAAAGACAGGACUACAAUUGUCAGCUUUA